AUGAAGGCGCAUUGUUUAUCAAAGGAAGACAAAGCGAACAUUGAGAAACUGCGCGAAGCCGUCAAGAGCGAGCUGACGCCUUAUUAUGACACCGAUUUCAAUCUACUGCGUUGGCUCCAAGGACACGGCAACAACUUUGAAGUGGUCAUUCCAAAAUUGAAAAGUCAUCUGCGAUUUCGGCGUUCCAAAUGGGAUUUGGAUCAUGUGGCCGACAAACCUCGGAAUCAUCCGCUGCAUUCUCAUUGGAAGCCCCGAGUAUAUUGUUUCUGA